AUGGCUCCUUCAGCAAUUCUUCCUGAGAUUGUUGAUUAUGUUCAGCCAAGGAAGGAUACGCUUGGCCUUCCAGCAUCCGCGAGAGCAAGACUUGAGAAAGCUGGGAUCGAUCUUUCAAAWGGUUAUCCAUAUCGACCAGCCAUCCCUCUUUAUCUGCAAGAUGUCUUCGCCAUAAGAGACUACGACCGGGAAUACGUCGAUGCAGGAACCCGAGCCGAUCCAAGCAAGAAGUCUCUCUACAGUGCUGCGAAGGAGGUCAUCCACCUGACCACGCACAUCGGGACUGAGAUCGUUGGAUUGCAAUUGAAAGAUCUUACAGACAUCCAACGUGACGAACUGGCAUUGCUGAUCGCAGAGCGAAGCGUCGUCUUCUUCCGGGACCAAGAUCUUAGCCCUCAAAAGCAACUCGAGCUCGGCAACUACUUCGGCGAAGUGGAAGUACAUCCACAAGUGCCGAUUGUUCCAGGUCUGCCAGGUGUGACGAUUAUCUGGCCCAAUCUUACGAACACAGAGGUCCAAGCCGACUUCCGUAACCCUGUUGGAACGCAAAAGUGGCACACUGAUCUUGUGCACGAGAGACAACCGGCCGGUAUCACCCACCUACACAACGACACCAUCCCAAAAAUUGGCGGAGAUACCCUAUGGGCUUCAGGCUAUGCGGCCUACGAGAAACUCUCACCCGACUUCCGCAAAAUUAUCGACGGCAAGUAUGCCGUCUUCCGAAGUGCUCACGCAUAUCUCGAUCGUGAGAAUCCCACUUCCGGACCAAAGUACGUGGAACGCACGCAUCCAAUUGUACGAGUCCAUCCUGCCACGGGCUGGAAAUCACUUUUUGUCAAUCGAGCUAUGACGGUGAGAAUCGUUGGGCUUGACCAGGGGGAGAGCGACGCUAUUCUCAAUUACUUGUACAGCGUGUAUGAGAAUAAUGUCGACAUUCAAGUGCGGUUCAAGUGGACGCCUGGAUCUUCUGCGCUUUGGGAUAACAGAAUCACUAUGCAUAAUGCAAGUUAUGACUACGAGGGCAAGGAAGCGAGACAUGGGACUCGUGUGACAUCUUUGGCUGAGAAGCCGGUAUUUGAUGCUGAUGCUCCGACGAGGCGGCAGGCUUUGGGUCUUGCUGGACCUUCGGAUAUUUAG